AGAAGUCUAAGUACACGGAAAUAACACCCUCCAAUUCUGAUUAGCCUCUUGUUUAUACCACAUUGUGGGAAGCUGAGGCUGCACUGGCUCCCUUAACCCUUCUGAAGGCACGAAUGUUGUAAGUCCUGUGUCCCUUGGAGAAAGGAAGGAACACCUCCCUCCAGAGUGUUAGCAAGAGACAGAAGUGAUCCUGCAAACUACCACCACCACCAUGAAGACAUCAAAUUCUCUUCUUUUCAUCUUAGUCCUGCUCUACAUCAAUGCCAGCACAGAAUGGCCUACACACACAGUCUGCAAAGAGGACAACUUGGAAAUAUAUUACAAAAGCUGUGAUCCCCAGCAAGAUUUUGCUCUCAGCAUUGACCAUUGUGCUGAUAUUGCAACCCACACCUUUGACAUCAGAGCUGCAAUUGUCCUAAGGCACAGCAUCAAGGAGCUCCAUGUCAAGCUGGACAUGAUCAUAAAUGGAAAGACUGUCUUAACCUACUCAGAGAUGCUUUGUGGGCCGGGCACUUCCAAGCUUAUUUUCUGUGGAAAGAAGAAAGGAGAACAUCUCUAUUAUGAAGGACCAGUCACACUGGGAAUCAAAGAAAUCCCUCAGGGAGAUUACACUAUUUCAGCAAAGCUGACUAAUCAAGAUCACGUCAUUGUCGCUUGUGCCGAUUUUACUGUGAAAAAUAAUUUAGACUAUUAUUAGCAACAAACUGAUUUCAUGAAAGCUACAGACUACCAAAACUAUUCAAGUCAAGUAGGCUUCUUGCAUGCUACAGUGAUUCUGAAGAAAAUAGUCCUCACAUGGUGAUUCUGAUGCUGUUCCUCUCUAUGAUUUGCUAUUUUCAAGAAGUUACUAGAUCCUCUGGUGGUAAUUUUAUCUCUAAAUGCACACUGUAGCCUACUUUUUUCUCCUAAUAUAUACAGCUGUAAGAAGAAAGUAUCCAAUACCAACGCUCUCAUCUUAGGAUGAAAAUAGCAUGAGGCAGAACAGGCGAGAGCCUAAACACUUUUUUGCAGUAAGUUAUGGAGGUAUACAUUUCUAACACAGGCUAGAAGAUGACUUUCACGUAUAUCACAUAUUAUGCAGUUACAGAACU